AUGAAGACAGUUAAUUGCUAUGUGCUGUUACUUUGUUGGAAAGCAACUUGCUGUAAUAUCUGUGAGCUGUCCAAUAUCACUAUAGCAGUGGAGAAGGAGGAGUGUGAGUUCUGCAUUACUGUGAAUGCCACUUGGUGCUCUGGAUACUGCUUCACAAGGGAUCCAAUAUAUAAGUAUCCUCCAGUGUCAUCUGUUCAGCAAACUUGUACUUUCAAGGAGCUUGUGUAUGAAACAGUGAAGAUCCCUGGAUGUGGUGACCAUGCUGAAUCAUUUUAUUCAUACCCAGUGGCUACAGAAUGCCACUGUGAGACAUGUGAUACGGACAGCACUGACUGUACUGUGAGAGGCUUAGGCCCAAGCUACUGCUCCUUCAGUCAAAAUCAAAGCAAAGAAUGAGAGGUCGAGAUAUUAAUUUAGGGUUUUAUUUCUGUUUCAAUAUUUAACUUUAUUGUAUAGAAGUGGCGUAAAGGGGGAGGAACAAUGUACAUAGCUAUGUACAUACAGCCAAGUUCAAAACAUGUUAAGUACAUCUGAAGUAGAGAAUCACAUGCUCUCCUUGGCUUCCUCUCACCUUCCACAGGAAGUUUGAUUUCUGUUUAUCAACGUGAUGCAGCAGAGCUGCACCCCCUCAUUUCUACCCUCACCUCAUGCUUUCUGCCUCUCCAUUCUUUAAAUUCCAGUUCCUCUAUUUGAUUCCUGCUAUCCUCAGCUUAUUCCAGACCAUCCUUUAAUGUUUUGAGUAAUGUCCCACUACCAUGCAUAGAGCAGAUUUUAUAUCUUCUUUUUAUUACCCCCUUCAAACACUUAUAUGAAAAGCCUUCC